GUACAAUAACUUCAUGAAUGACCCCCUGUCCCGCUGUAACUGCACCCCACCCUACUCAGCUGAGAAUGCCAUCGCAUGUCGUGAUGACCUGAACCCCAUCAAUGGAACAUAUGAAUUUGGUGCCUUAGGUCAUAGACCUCAUAUUGCUACAGAUAUGAAGCUAACGAGCUCCAAACUGUUUGAGUCCCUGUCUUUCCUCGCCAUCAGCAGUCCGACCUACGACGACCUGCCCGCCUUCCAGUGGAGCAAGUCUGACUACCAGUACAUGUCCCAUCUGGGCCACCCUGACCUCUGGAACUUUCCAGUCAUCACUUUUAAUGGCACCGCACCCAUGUCAUAGCACAGAUGUCAUGUGUCACAAAUGUCAUGUGUCACAGAUGUCAUAGCACAGAUGUCAUGUCACAGAUAUCAUGUCACACUUUCACACCCCCCCCCCCCCCCCCCUGUCUGUAAAAGAAAAAAUCCACAAACUUUGAGCUGUAAACUGGUUGAGACCUCUAGCUCACCUGGAGCACAACUAAUUCAUCUGUUCAUGCUGGUGUGUGUUAGUUAGAUCAGUGCCUUUUUGUGGUGAUGUUAAACAUAAAAUGUCAAAUUACAUGUCAGUUAAAUGUUUUGUUGUCAAAACAAGUCUUUUUUUUUUAACUGUAGUUUUCUGUGUUUGUUUUCAUUGAGUUCUGGGGUCAAAGGGUAUAAUAUAAUAGAGUUCGUGUCAAAACAUGUGCUGAUCUAGCUAGUCAAAGAUACAUCUUGUAAAGACAACUUUCUCUAAGAAUAAUAUUAUAUAGGAGUUUGGCCUGAACUGCCUUCAGAGAUAUCUGACAGAUGGUCUGCCCAGAGAUAUCUGACAGAUGGUCUGCCCAGAGAUAUCUGACAGAUGAUCUGCCCAGAGAUAUCUGACAGAUGAUCUGCCCAGAGAUAUCUGACAUGAUCUGCCCAGAGAUAUCUGACAGAUGAUCUGCCCAGAGAUAUCUGACAGAUGAUCUGUCCAGAGGUAUCUGACAGAUGAUCUGCCCAGAGGUAUCUGACAGAUGAUCUGCCCAGAGAUAUCUGACAGAUGAUCUGCCCAGAGAUAUCUGACAGAUGAUCUGCCCAGAGAUAUCUGACAGAUGAUCUGCCCAGAGAUAUCUGACAGAUGAUCUGCCCAGAAGGUCAAUAGGCCUGACCUAUUGUUUGACCUACAUACCCACUUCCUGUGGCUGACUUUCACACAGGUCUGGCACUAGAAUGAACUACAGACCUGUCAGAUAAAUAUAUUCUGCUUUGAUCAUUCCAGCUUUUUUUUUUUAAAUUAAAAAUUUUUUAAUCAUUUUA